CUUGAAUGUUACUUGUGCAAGCCUGUGGUUUACCUCUUCUGUUUACUUCUGCUGAGGAACUCUACAUAGCCUAUAACAAUAUCUCUGACCUGAGCCAACUGAGCUUGUUGGAACACCUUGAGGUUUUGGACUUGGAAGGGAACAAUAUCGAGGACAUCAACCAGAUGCUGUAUCUGGGACUUUGUUACAAGCUGAGCAGCCUGACAGUGGAGGGCAACCUUAUUUGUCUGAAGCCAAAUGCAGAGUCUGCAGAGGGACCAGAUUAUAAUUACAGAGUUGAAGUGAAAAAACUCAUUCCCCACUUGGAAUAUUUGGAUGAAAUACCAGCCAGCCAAACUGUUAUACCUCCUUCUAAGAAGAUGAAUAAGGACUGGCUAAUCAUCAAGGAAUCCAUCAAGGAAGGUGGUUUUGCUGGAGAUAUUUCAUGGUUGGGAUUCAGCCAAGUUAUAUGUGGGAACCCUAUCAAGGCCCUUCGUGCAAGGAGACAAAAGCUAGGUCCAUCUGCCGUGAGCCCUUUGAAACUGUGCAGUCUGAGGGGGGAAUACUCUCAUGCCUCUGAAGAAGAAGGUGAUCUGAGCCAGGAAGAUGUUUUCACUGAACUGAGAGUGUGGAGAGAAAAGCAUAAACGGUGCCUGCAAGUGGUUCAGCAAGAAAAGUCCCCCCAAGUACUGAAGGCAACUCUUAGUGAUGAGGAAGAGGAUGAAGACUGCAGCCUGGCUGACAACUGCGAAGAUGAAUUGAGGAAGACUUAUGAUGAGGACCUCACUGAAAGGAUUUCACUUGAUUCUUUCCGUUCCUGUCUUUCCCAGUCAUCCUCAGAUUCGUCACGUACUCAGGAGUGGACAGUGUUCUCCAACCCAAACCGUUGUCUAAUUCCUUCUCCUCCAAAAAGCCCUUCGCCUGCAUCUGUACUGGGUGUUGCAGCAAGUCCCUGGAAAAUGAGGAACCACAGGGUAAGACACCUAAAAAUACCCAACCGAGAGGAGGACAGGCAGCGGACGCAGCUUUGCCAAUCGAGGGCUGGUCGAGAAACAUCAGCUGAGCCUCUGGGCGAGGAACUUGCUCUCCUGAGCCUGCACAGCGCACCUGCUGUAUGUGAGGCUUUCCCUUCCCAAUCACAAGGGCAACACCAGCCUGGUGGGAGCACUGGCAGGCUGAGACCUAUUUCAGGACCAGCAGCUGUUGGAUCAACGAGUGUCAGGCCCACCAUGGAUAAGAAUGCACCCAGAAUGAUCAGCCAUCACCAACCAGUCGUACACUCGUCCACAAGAACCGCAGGGAAGUUUGGGCUGACGAAUGCAGCUUGGCCCCUGACUGCAAGGGCUGUGCUGCAGAAGUUGCCAGACAGACCCAGUGUCUCGACAACAUCUCAGAGCAAGACUCCCCAGUCCUAGAAGACAGCCCACGCGGCUACGUGUGUUGGAGCCACGCACACAGCAGUCUUCAGUCACUGGAUGCGUUCCUUACGCUUGAAGGACUGAUGCUAUCUUUCAACUUUGUCUGCAAGCUAAACACAGAGCUGUGCAAGCAGAGCGCUUUAAACAAAUGGCAUGAUUUGCCUCAAUUAAGGCUACAGCUGGUCAGAAGUGCUUUCUUUAAAGAGCACCUGCUGAUCAACAUAACAGCUAAUCAACCUCUUAUUACAGAAAACACAGUUAUUUUUACAGCUUUCAUGUACUAAAACAGAACAAGUCUUUAGUAUAUUUCCACUUUUUCACAUCAUGCCCUGCUCUGUGAGUAAGGGCAGCAUCACUGUGAAUAAGGCAGUGAUAAUAAACCAGACAGGGCUUAGUCUGCAGUUGCCAAAGUGGGCCAGAGAAGGUGAGGGACAUGGGGCAUUCCCUCUUACAGUCGGUAGCCUGGUCUAGAAAUGGCCCUGGCAGUGUCUGCUGCAGUCCUAAACAUUUAACAUGCAAGGUACAGAGGCGAGAGUUCAAGGGGAAAAGAUGACCUGAGCAUGUUGCAAGGCAGAGGUGUGUUGCCCAUGUCCCCAAAAGAGGAAGAAUCCAGCAUGCAGGAUGCCGAAGUGGUUUCAGAGCUAACACCCUCUGGCCCUGUGGGAGCUCAGCCUGUUUGUGAUCAUCCAGAGUCCCUGCUGUCUGCAUCGCUAUGGGUGGGAACGCUGAAGAAGUGGCUCAUUAUGCAUUAACGUGUUUAUCUGCUCAUUAGCUGCCUGGAAGGACUUCUCACGUUGCCUGUGGACAGGCAUUGCAUAUCAGAAUUUCAUAAGUAGAGAUGACCUCUGUAAACAAGUUGUGUUGUGUCAGAGCCUCCUUUGCGUGUGCCUUUGGAGUAAAUUUUCCACUUCUGGUGUUUUUAGAUCAAACAGACUUUACAAAUUCUGACUAAAUUACUUUAAAUGAUACAGCAGCUAAGACGAGGUAGGGGUGUAAGGAAACAUCUCCUGUUUUUCAAUAGGGUAUUUGUUUUAUAGGUGGGUGAGAUUCAAAACAGCUGUUUUAGUGACUGCAGACUGUGAGAUACUGAUCCAAGUGAGUAGGCCUUACAAUUGUAUUGAUGCAGUCUGAAGCCAAGCAUCAUCACAUUUUUUUUCUAAUUUAAAUUACUCUGUUAGAUAUCUACCUUUAAAUCAGUUGAUAAAGCAGUAAUUACAUGAUGAGCGAAUGAAUUGUUUGAUGUCAUCUUUCUACUGGUCAGCUUAAAGGAAACGAGCAGAAUAACAGAGAAAGCCCAAAAACUUCAUCUUGUCCUGGUGUACUUGCACCAGUUUUUCCUACAAAACAGUUUGGAGGCGGCAGCCACUUUGCACAGUCUCAGUGGGCACUUGAGGAAACCAGCCAUCAGAAGCAUUAAAAACGAUGUGACAUGUGAUCCCAUGAAACACUAUGGAUGCAGGAAGGAUUUCCAGUCAGAUAUUGCCCAACAACAGUGCCUGUGUCAUUAAACUGGCUUCUAAAAUUGACUGUUUGCCAGUGCCACUUGACUAUGAGCCAGAAAAAAAAUCUGACCUUGUAAAAGAAAGAAGAAAGUGGCAACAUAAUUUUUGGAAGUGCUCUGCACUCUCCCUGUCUGCUUGAAAUCUGCAGCCCUCUCUGACACUCAGCACUGGUAACAAUUAGGCCCUUCUCUAUGGCAAGGGUAGUAUCCAGUGGGUGAUGGUUAGGACUGUGUUCUCCAAAUAUUCAGAGGGGCGAUAUUCCUUCUCAAGUUGCAUGCUUGAUUUCAAAGCAGCAGAAAAAGCAUAAGUGGGUUUUUGUAUAUGGAAAUUGGGCAGCUAGAGUGGUCUGCACCUGUGCAUUUGCAGAUGCAAAUGCGUCCGGGUACAGAUUUCCGGGUACAGAUUUGGAAACUACUCUCAAAAACGUCUAUGAGCUUUUUUCUCAGCAAACACAGAUUGGCUCUGUUGGUGCAAGGAGCUGCUUUGUGGUGGUGGAGAGGGCAUGGAGAAACGAUCAAAAAAAAAAAAGUUUUUUUUGUCCUUGAAUUGGUAAAUUACCAUGAGCUGCCUGACAAGGGGAGAGGAAAAGAAGUUUGAAUAAUAUACGGUUGGGUGUCCUCCGAGCAGUCCUCUCUGUCUGCUUUUUGUCACCAUUUAUGUAGUGAAAGAGACCCCAAUACAGACUGUCCUGCUGCCUGUCCAGUCUUCUCUUCUGUCCCAGAAGUUCAGAAUUGAACCAGCAAACCCUCUUCCCAAGCUCUGCUUUCACACGUGGGAAAUAAGAGCCUCGUCAAAAGUGUUCUUGCUCAGGGUUUCCUGCUUUAACUUCCCGUCAGAUAUCCCAGUGGUGACUGUCAGGGGUGCAGGCAACGUGCGACCUUUAAAAGAGCCACCCCAGCCGGUACUAACUGGGUGGAACAGCCGACACGCUCGUGUGCCCUGUAUGGGUGUACACAAUGCGUAUGAAAAGAAUCGGGACGUGAUGUCCUUUCUACCUAUCGGUUACUGCAUCAGCUGGUGGGACGGUAUCCUCACAGGGGCCUAUUGAUAGCGACGGGGAAUGUAAGACGGGAACUCGAAACCAUAUUUGGAUCGAGUGCUCCUCUGUCCAGUCAGUGCUACUGCAGGGACUGAGGUACCUGGGGCUGCCUUGGAGGUGCGAGAAGUGAAUAGGUUAGCGUGAGCAUUGUGGCAUGUUCUAGCAGAUGCAAAAUGUUUGCUCGAGUGGGACUGUCCUGCAGCAGAAAGCAGCACUUCAGGAGCUGGGGGCCCUGGGAUGCACUGGGAAAUGUUUCCAGAGCAGUAUCCUGAUGCCGCAGUUCCUGCUUUAACCUCUGGGUUAUAGGCAGAAAAGUGAAAGCACUGGGCAACUCUGUUCUCAGGCUGUUUUCAGCUGACCCCACAGGCAGGGAGGUCAGGGUGCCCCUGGGGCAUCGGGCUGAUCUGGGAGCCAUGCUGGGUGUCAAGCCACACUGCUGGCUGCGUGCCCAGAACACACCAACAAGAGGCAAAAGGACGAUGCUCCCCCUCUCAAAUAACAACGCUUAGCUCUUGCAGGUUGCUUUCCAGAGGUGGAUCUCUAGCUAUGUUACCAAGCAAGGCAGGGGUUGGUAUCCCCACCUCAGGGAUACAGAGGAAGAUGAAGCGACCGGCACAAGUCUUGGCAGCAGAGCAGCAGCACAGGCUGGAGCAAAGGAUGCAGCCUUGAAGAGUGGUGAUGAUCAGGGAAUAUGUUGGAACGGGCAUAUGCCUGCAUGCAUGGAUCUAUGCACACAAGCCACAUGUGGGAAACGGACGGAUGGAGGUUUACCCGGCUGCAUGUGGCAGCACAUAUCGCUUCAGCCUGUUUCUGGUGAGCAGUGUAACAGAGAGGCCCUGCCUUCCCUCUCGGGACGCUCACAGCGCUGUGUGCAGGUGUGCGGUACUGUCUGGUGUCCUGCCGCAUCCGCGAGGAGGCCGCAUGUCGCUGCCGGGGACAGCGCUCCCCUCAUUUUAGUGCCAGCGACCUCCCUGAUGGAGCGGGUGGGGGGAGCAGGCAGGGCACGGCAACUGCAGGACAUGCUCUGGGGUUUUGUGUGUAUUGAUGUGGACGUAGGUCUGCUGCCCAGCAGGGCAGCGACAGCUGGCUGAGCCUGUUCAGUGCCGAGUGGUCGGUAGCACAGGGACCUGGGCAUCCUGCUCUGUCCACCCACCUGCUGUACAGGAGGAGCGCUCCGGUGAGAAGUGGAUGGUGCUUGAGGGCAUCUUUCUCAGUUUCGUCUUUGUUUUCCUCUUACCACCUUUGGGAUGAUCUGACUGGGUAGGCUUGCUGGCAGGGCUGUCAGAAGAGCUCUUCCUUUGGCUGUGAAAGACAAGGUCAGCUCACAAGCAGCAGCAUUUCUUUAAACCUUCCUGUUCACUUCUUCUGGUGUUUCCAGAUCAAACUCAAAUAUCCAAAUGAGUAUCCAGAGCCUGGGCUGUGCUGGGAAGGCUUCAGACUGUGCUGCUAUGGAAAGGAGCCUGCCAGAAAUGCGAUUUUACUGAGUGAUCCUAGGCGCACGCUCUUAGGUUUCGGCAGUCUUCCUUGCUCUAGGAGCCUGGCUCUGUCCAGUUAAGGCCUGCAGUGCCUGUAGCUGUGUGCUGGGGAGGAUAUUGCCUCCCGACCCCUGCCACCCCCAGCUUUCCCCACUUCUCCCACACGCAGCAGCCUCCCCAUAGCGCAGCUUCCCUGCAGUCUGCCUGAGCUGCCUUCUGCCAGGGCCGCUUUCUCCCUGCCUGCACCAAGGUGUGAACUGCAGCUGUGGCUUUAACUGGGCAUCGCGAACCCUGUGGGUCAUGGGGGCUUCCAGGCAGCCUGCAAACAGUGACCACGGGGCCCGCAUCCCAACGUCUCCCAUUGCAUGGGAGAAGCCCCACAGAGGCUCCUUUUGCUUUCCUGGUUAUAUAUGUUUUGCUCUGUUUUUUUACCUGGUUUUCAGUGCUGCAGAGAUGCCUGUGCUCUGCCUGUGAGGAAGCUCAGCAGCUGCUCUCUGGUCUGUCUCUUGAUCGAGUGGGAACUUGUCCACUGAAAGGUCCAUCUUAUCAUUGUAGGCGUCUGCAGCCACCAUGUGUCUGUGUGGAGCUGUGAACUCCGACAAAAUCUUGGAUAGCCCAGGUGGAGUGAGAAAAGAGGGAGAGAAUUAAUCUCCUUUGGCAAUUCUCAUCCCCUUGUGGCGCAGCCAGGUGGGUUGACUCUCGUUGGUGACCCUGCAAUGCUGCCGGCUGCUGCACCAGCUUGCAGGGCUGCCAGCCGCGCUGAGGGCAGGGAAGGGCACGUCCUGGCAACGCUGCACCAGGAUUGUGCCCUCGUCAUAUCUCCGGCCGAGGGAGAUGGGUUUGGCGCCUGGGCCCGCGGGGCAGAGGGGCUGUAAUCCUGCCCUGGGCUGCCACAGAGCUCUGGGGCUGGAGGCCAUGGAGUAAUUGCUGGCCCUGAGAGCGCUUGUCUGGGAAGCUGGUCUCAAUUUUUAAACAUAAUUGCGCCCCAUCCCUCCUGAGCAAACACUGCAAUCCUGUCGGCACUAAUUGAUAUUUGUUUAGGCAGAGAAUAAUCCUCCUCCUUCUUAGGUGUAAACGACACCCCAGCUCAGGUCUUUGAGAGGCUGGUGCUGCCUCAUGGAAACUGCCAUAUGUGAUUAAUUGGCCACGAAACAGGAAGAUGCUAAUCAGCUGCUGUACAAGGCUGCAGAGGCUGUUGUCUGUAAUUACCCAUCCUGUCUAGCAGCAAAUGAGCUUGACGGAUGGAAGAAGUCCCUGAGACAGCUCCACGGUGCCUUUCACGCCCCCUCGCUGCCUCCAUGCACAGCCCAGCUACUCCCGGAGGCAGGGACUCAGCGGCUUGUGCAGAGCGCCUGGGAGCUGCCUGUCACCCGCACAGCCCCGAGAUGCUUGGAAGGUUUUAACAAACAGCUUGGUUUUAGCAGCGCUAGUUCAGCUGUGGAGCUGGGCCAGAAACCUGGGCUUGGUGUAUGUCAUGGGAAAAGAGCGGGAGCUUUUCUCCAGGCUGCCCCCUGGGUGGCUGCCGCAGCAGCACUCCCCCUGCCCAGGCUGGCAAACCUGCCGCUGCCCUUCCACGUGCCGCAGGAGUGCAGCAGGGACUCCCAGCAAAGGGUGGCUCUGCGUGCCUUUGAGAGGUCCCCAGACUGCCUGUUACUUGCUAGCUCCCCCUGACAGCCAGGCAGGCUAUGGGUGCAGCUGGCCUGAGCGAGGCCACCCAAAGGAGGGGGGUCUCAUGGCGUUCAUGCCUGCUCAAAUGCCCGUGUCCAGCCCCCUGGGCUCUUGCCAGGGGAGGACCAUGCUGCCCUUGCCCAGCGCCCUCACCUGGCCUUGGCAGUCUCUGAGGACGGUGGUGCACUCUGGGCCUGCUCGGAAAUACUGACUUGCCUUCAGCUUGGCAUCUUCAGCGGGCUCAUGGGUGGAACUAGUCUCUGCAGGCCAGACCUAGGGACAGGACAGGUCCUGGUGUACAUAUCUCUAUGCCAGCCCAAAUGAAAACCAAUGACCUGGGCUUUGCAGGUGGACCAGACUCAAGCGCAGGAGAGGGGACAGCUGCUCUGCUUUCAGCCAGGGACCUUUGGUGGCCAGAGCAGCCAUAGCUCAAUGCUUGGUAACGCAUGUUCUUCCUACUCCUGCCCUCUUCCAACCCAACGGGACCUUCUGUGGGUUCUGCACACUAGCCAAGGGGGUGCCUUCAUCUGCUGUACGCCCAGUUGGGCUUUCAGCCCCCUUUUAGGGCUUGCUACUCCCCGAAGAGUUUGAAGGGCCUAGAUGUAGGGCCCAAAUUAUUUCCCUGUCUCUGGCCUCCUCACCCCAUGUGGAAGGGUGCUCUGCUUACGGUAACAUGAUGCCGUGGGGGAAGAGUGGUGUCCACAGGGAAGCGGUAAAGGGAUAGGGGAAACCCGCCAACCCACUGCUGGAUGACGUAGCCGCUGAUGUCUAUGGUGAUACGGGAGCAGCAGUUGAGGAUCCGAACAAAGUUGCCCUUGGGAUCCACAGUGACAAUCUUCAGGAAGUUGGUGUCGCUGGAUGGCCUGGGAACACGGAGCUUCGGUGAGGAGGUGUCCCUGGAGCCCAAACCCUUCUGUGAUAGGAGAAAACAGCUGCGACCUCCGGACAAACUCUAGACCCUGCACAGCUCGAGUCCCAGUUUCUCCUUCCGUGUUUACCAUCCUCUCUGGCGGCAGCAGAGCAGAAAGAGCCACCUAGGGGUUGACCAUUCCUCUGCCGGCCCUGCAGCUGUGGCUGUCCCAGCUCGGCGCUGGGCUGCUGUGACUACUCUUUCUCCGACAGCGCUGCUGUGCCUGGCAUAGCUGGACUGCAGGACUGACCUUGGAGAAGGCAUCCAGGAGGCUCACGUGUUUGGGGAUCCGCUGCAGUGACAUGACGCUGAGCUCUGAAAUCAGGUUCUUGCUUCCUGCCUCUGACCAAAGCUACGGUGGAAAGGCAGAAGCAGCAGAUUGUGACACCCGACCGUUGCCGUGGAAAAAGCAGAAUCUGGCGUGAAUUAACAUCAGUGCUGGUGACACCGUGGAAAGCGUGAGUAAGACGAAUGCGGUGUCUUUGCUUCUCCUGUGCUAUGGUGUUGGUGCAAAAGCGAGUUCAUCCAGAUCACUUUGGUUUAGGGGCUCUUAUAUCCCUCUAACACUGCAGGCUGCGGCGGGUUUUGAUAAGGAUGAUGCUGAAAUGGAGCAUGGAGCAGGCUCUGGAGGGCUAAACUCUGCUGUUUGAUGGUGAGCAACAGGAGCUGCAAAACUGGACUUGUGUAAUUAAAGGUUGCUUCUUGCCUUAGGCUUCGGCUGACCCCAGAGACACCGUCAUUAAAAAGAUAGGGGACUAUCAGGCCACAACGAGGCUGCCCGUGUCUGGUGAUCCCCGGACGCCUGUGUCUCUUGGCGAUCCCCGACAUCCCUGCGCAGCGGGUCCUGCCUGCAUCCAGCCCUGGCGCUAUUCGCGUUGCAGUCUUUGGUCAACGAAACCUCUCUCCCACAAGCGCUUCUCCAGCAGAGAUGAAGUUUUAGGGAGAUGUGUUAAGGCAGCCAGCUCCGUGGCGAAGUUGGCGAGACAGGUGAGUCGCUGCUUGGCACCAGCUUGCCUGGCGUCGCCUCCGGCCUGAAAAGGCUGCGCUCCGCUCCCCAAGCGCUGCCAAAAGGCCAGGCAAAAAGAGCCGUUUCCUGGCUGUUGGGCCUCGGCUUUCACCACAUGAGGAGUGCAGCGCUGAUUUUCAACGGUAGAAGGAUCACCACUCCCAACCAGGUAAUUCUGCUUGCUUUUCACCCUCUCAAACGCAAAAUUUGCCAAAAAAUGCAAAAAGCGCCACGGAGCCGAUCUGACAGGGCUGGGUAUGGUGUCAGAAGAAAUAAAUAGCGACUUUCUCUUCUGCGGUUUCUGUAAAGCUCUGAUUAGGCAGGGUAGGGAGGGUGCUUUGUUUCUGCCUUUUCCACAUCGUCUUAUUUUUCGGGGCAGAAGCCUCCCCCCAGGCACCCUCGUUGCAGCGGGGCUCUCUGCAGCGCUGCACACAGGCUGUCGAAGCCUUGCACCGCUGCAAAGCCGACAGCAGCCGUAGGCGUGCGCCUGCCCUGCCGACAGUGCCUGCGUUCACUUUUGGCAAUCCCAGCUGUAGCCAGGCUGCCUGUGCUUUUCACUCCCUUUUGAAUGCUUGGCUUUAAUGAGAGAUCCAAAUAUUCAUCUCUUCCUCACCUGGAAACGUGUAUGGCAGUGAGCAGCAUCUCACCCUGCUCCCCAGCCUCGUCCUGCAGGGAUCCUGCGGAGGGACCGAUCCGGAGGAAGGGCAGGGCGGCUGCACUGCCGCCGGGUGCAACGCCACGUGCCGCGGCGACACCUCCCACGUGGCAGCAGGCAGCCCUGCGAAGAGGCGGCUCGAGCAGCUUGUACCGGUCUCGCGCUUUGCUUUUACUCUCCAAAAAGGCAAAGUGAUUUUUUUUUUUUCCUUGAAGCUAGCUGUCUCGUAGCAAAGCCCUAGUGGAAACCCAGCAGCUCGAGCGCUUGCUGCAGUACAAACGCACGGGGUUGGCACUGCGUCCCCUGCCUCGCUGAGCCCAGGCUCAUCUGCAGCAAAAUCACAGCGCCUCGUCUCCAUGCGAGCUUUGCAGCGGGGUAACUGCAGCUGUUCGGUUAUUGGUUUCUUCGUUUCCAUCUCUUUGAUGGUGUGCCACCGCUAAUCUGAUCUCAGAGAGGCAGGAUAAGGCAUCAGCAAUGAAAUUGCAAUCUGCUGUGCCUCUCUAUGAGGAGACGGGCUCGUUUCCUAACCUUGUCUCCAGCCUGGCAGUUUUCUAAGGAAAUCUUCCAUCGCUUUGAGAGCACCGGAAAAAUUAUCCUGAGACUAACGCUGGGGCUAUCAACAGUAGUGCAAGGCUAAAUGCCCCCGGUGUAAAGGGAAGUGCCCAGAUCUGGGCCACAUCACUGUUCGUUGUUCAUCUUUCUUGAAAUGCACGGCCAAAAGGAUACAGCAUGUUCUCCGAAAGGCCGUACCAGCGCUAAACAGAGAGCUCUGCGAGCAGACCCAGUUUUACGCGCUCCAGCGUGGCACUAUUAACUCGUAUCAUCUGUUACGAUCGAGAGAAGCUUUUCUUUCUCAACAGCUACUCUCCAUCCUCUAUUUCUCUAACCAGUUAUUUCAGCGAAAGCAUCGUGCCUUGCAUUUAGCUCUAUUCAGUUAUGUCCUGAUUUUUUUCUUUUCUUUUCUUUUCCAGAUCAUUUCUCCAAUUUGUCGAGACCGUUUUGAGGCGUAAUCCCCUUCUCAGACUCCUUUGAAGUGCGAAGACAUUCAGCCUACGACAGAAGCGGGAACCACCUGCACAGUUUGGGUCCUGAGGUGAACUUUGCUAGAGGUGAGGUUGUAAUCUGAAUCUGUCCUGAGGAACAAUAACUUUUUAUUAAAAAGAAAACAAAACAAAAAACAGUUUUGUUACAAUUUUACCUUCCUCUUGGCCCCACUGUGAAUCUGCUCUCCCUGCUCCGUCCUAAUCUUUUCUUUGGCAGCUAAAACUAUUAUCUUUAUUGUUCCAGGGUUUGGCUUCUUCCUGUUAAAUCUCCUAAUUGGAUUUUUACCCCCCCCCCAAUCUAUUUAGUUUCUCCUGUGUGUGCACUAAACCCUUUAAGCCUUCAGCACCUUGCCACCUCUGCCGUGCUGUCCGCUUGCCCUCCCUUCUCCCCGUGCUGCUCUGCUUUAUAUCCCUCUCUCAGCAGCAUCGCUCGUUCCCCCCCUCCACGAAUAGCUGAGCUGGUGUUUGGCGACUUUAGUGUAACUCCUCUUUCUAGUUUGCGUGGCCAAGGCUUUCCUAAGCAACGGCUGCCGUCUCUAAUCUCACCGUCAGUCAAUAGCGAGUGUGUCAUGAGUCUCCUUCGCUAUCUGUAGGGCACAAAGAUUCAUUUGGGUUUUAGACCAGAAUAAGCAAAAUGGCCCACAGCGCUCUUAAAAGGAGGUUAGCAGGGGAUCCCGGCUUGUGGCGAGGGACUGGGAGAGCCCAGGUGCUUUAUUCUGGUCCCCUCGCGGAGACCUCGGGCUGAUCUAGAAGGAGUUUUCUCUUUUUUCCCUGCCCUGGGAGGGGGGAGUGAGGGGACACCAGCCUGAAAUCACUUCUGAAUGAGCCGUGUCUGGCUAGACCAAGGUUUUCAAGGGAACCCAGUGAUUUGGAGUGUCAUAAUUGUAGGCAUCCUUUAAAAAGCUUUUUUUUUUUUUUUUCCCCAUUUUGGAAAGAGGGUAUCUGAGCGGGGCAGUCAAGGGCAGAGGCAAUCUGAAGUCCUAGCCGUGAGCAGCGAAAGGCAGCUCCUUCGUCCACCGUCAUCUCCUACAAUGGAGGGGAGGGACAAAUCCCUCAGGAUCAGGCGUUGGUCCAUGUUUCUUGCUGUGUCUUAAGAGUAUCAGCAGCCACAAGAGGUGGGACAUGGUAGUCAAGUUCCUUGCUCUCUACGGCCUGCAGGUGUGCGCCAAGUCCUUCGAGUGCUGGCCAGCCGCAACGGGAAGCCGUGACGGGAGCUCGAACGGAGGGGCUUUGGGUGUCCUGUCCCUGGAGGAAGAGGGGCCUGAGUUUUGUAGCCCUAGCUGCAAAACUGACCUCCCGGGAAGGGGAUGGAGCUGAGACAACGUCUUGGUGCAGUUGGCUUGGUUUUCCCGUCAGCCCCCGUGGGGAUGCAGCGCCGUGACGUCCAGGCAGCCGGGAUCCCGGCUGGUGACGCGGCAUCGUCGUAACAUAGGGCACUGUAAAGCAAACUCCCCUCCAGGCGUCAACUGAGGCAGGAGCGUUUGUACCCGUGUCGGGCCGGGGCGGGCCGAGAUGCGAGUGUAAAAGAGGGAGAAAGUAGGAGAAUCGACGGGCUCAGGUCCCGGCGCCCGGCUCUUGACCAGCCUUGCUGGACCCAGUUCCUCUCCUCCUUUUGUGCUUUUCCAGUCAUUUUAUGGCCUCGGGGCAUCCGCGUUUGUAACGCAGGAGCGCGUUGCCGUGGUUAAAGCUGCUGUUCCCAGCAGGGUUUGUCUCUUACCUGCGAGACGGAUAGAUACGGACUUACGGAUGCGCGGGAACGUGUGUCUUUGCCCUCGUUCCCGGUUCCCACCACGCACACGCGGUUGCCCUGGCAAAAGAAAAACGCUGGGGGAAGGCAAGGCCUUCGGGGGCCUGGGGAGAGAGGGGCAGUGCUGCCGUGGGGGAGCUUGAAGAUGAAAUGGGCUAGCCAGAAGUAUGCGGCAGAAGGGCUGAUCAUACCUGCCUGGCACGCCAGCCAGGGAUGAAGUUAGGGUUGGUAUUUUUAGGCUGGCACUUGGGAGCUGUCGGUACCUAUCGGCUGAUUCAGGAUAAUGGCUCUCCCAGAAAGACUGACAACGUUGCCGAGUUUUGUGGCUAAUGUUAUUACGCAAGCCUGAAAUUAAGAAUCAAAUCAGUACCGCCGGGGCCCUUGUCCAGCCCUCGAGGGAGGCCAGGCCCUCCAGUUAUGGUGGGUUUGUUCGUCUCCCUCGCUCUCCCCCCAGCGCUCAUGGCCGUUUAGCUGGGGAUUUGGGGCAGCUCCCAGAGAAGCGACGACCUCAAGGGAAACGGCGCCGUGUUGCUGCAUCCGGACGCGGCGUUAUCUCGGGGCGACGCCGAACCGGUGCACGUCGGCAGGCUGGGCGGGGACGUCAUCGCUACCAACGGCCAGAGCGGAUCUGGAAAAGCAAG